AUGCCUCUACGUUGCAUCCGGCCGGGCAUUCGGGGCAGCGCUGUCACAUGCACGCCGGUUUCCACACGCUCCUUCUCCGCCGCGCCUUCCCUUCAACAAGAAAUAAGAGACGCAUAUAUCCUGAGCGCCUCCAGGACACCAACUGCCAAAUUCAAUGGCUCCUUCCUUACCGUCCCGGCACCGAAACUCGGCGCAGUGGCCAUCAAGUCCGCGAUCGAGAAAUCCGGGGUACCCAUCUCCAAGAUCACAGACGUCUACAUGGGCAAUGUGCUGCAAGCUUCAGUUGGCCAGAGCCCAGCAAGGCAGGCGGCCUUGUUUGCGGGCCUUCCUCCAAGUAUCGAGGCCAUCACCAUCAACAAGGUCUGCGCGUCGGGUUUGAAGUCAGUCGUCUUCGCCGCGCAGAACAUCCAGCUCGGCCUUGCAGAGGCGCAGGUUGCCGGUGGCAUGGAGAAUAUGUCACAAGUACCCUACUAUGUACCGCGUGCGAGCUCCCUGCCGGCCUUUGGCCACGUCAAGAUGGAGGACGGCCUGAUCAAGGACGGUCUCACGGACGUGUACGACCAAAUACACAUGGGCAACUGCGCCGAGAACACAGCCAAGAAGUACGAGCUCACUAGGGAGGCACAGGAUCAAUACGCCAUUCAGUCAUACGAACGGGCACAAGCAGCAUGGAAGGCCAAGGCAUUUGCUGACGAGAUUGCACCUGUGACCGUGAAAGGGAGGAAGGGCGAGACCGUGAUCGACACAGACGAAGGCUACAUGGACGUCAAGCUGGAAAAGAUCCCAACCCUGAAGCCUGCCUUCGUCAGAGACGGUACCGGCACGGUCACAGCUGCCAACUCCUCCACGCUCAAUGACGGUGCUAGUGCCCUGGUAUUGGGUAGCAAGACUAUCGCAAGGGAAUUCGGGUCCAGGUCAAGAGUACUGGCGAGGAUAUGCGGGUCUGCCGAUGCAGCAACGGAUCCGAUUGACUUCCCUAUUGCACCGGCCAAGGCUGUCCCCAUCGCGCUUGAGAGGGCUGGUAUAACGAAGGAUCAGGUAGCCAUCUGGGAGUUCAACGAGGCCUUUGCUGCUGUCAUCAAGGCCAAUGAAAAGAUUCUUGGACUUGAGGGGGCGAAGGUCAACCCACUAGGCGGUGCCAUCUCCUUGGGCCAUGCACUGGGAAGUUCUGGGUCAAGAAUCCUUACCACCCUACUUCACCAGCUCAAGCCGGGCGAGUAUGGUGUUGCCGCGAUCUGCAACGGGGGCGGCGCAGCCACAGCAGUUGUUGUCCAGCGUAUUGAGUCUGUGUAA